ACUUGGCCCCACAGCCGACCAAAAUGAGGCUGGCCAUCAUCUUCGUGCUCGUCCUGGUCAUCUUUGCAAUUUUCGCAUCCGGGCGAAGACGGAGGAAGAGGUCCAAGGACAAGAAUAAGAACAGCGACUGGAAGAAGGUCGGUGAGGCGCAAACGAUGGAGGAAAAGAAAGGAAAGCAGAUUCACCAGAAAAUCAAUUAUGAAGGCUGGGUAAAACAGCCCAUGAAUGCGAUUAUGGAUGAAAAAAUUAUAUCGAAUUAAUGAAUACCACUUUUGAAACCCUAAACGUAAAUUAAAUACAAAAUCAUAAUUAUGCGUUAUACAAUUUACAAUGUAAUUAAAUAAUAAUGUCACGCCACAACUUAGUUCUGAAUCUUAAUUACAGCACCAUAAUCCAUAGCGAAUUAUUUUUAUCCACUUGAAAGGUAUUGAAUAUAUAAGGCGGCCAAACGAAACUUAGUUAACCAAAAUGAAGUUACUAAUCCUCUUCCUAGCCACAUUGGGCGCAGCUGCAGCACGCUUGAGGGGACACACCAUCAAAGGAUGAUGACACGAGAUAUCCACCAGCCAAGGGUGUGAUUUUUAAGGAAAUCAAAUAAACUUGCAUGCUGCAAAAGCAA